UGUUACCAAUUUGUGGCACUGUGUCCAAUGCAGCUUUCUAAAAUGACUGCUCCAUCAUCCCAAACAAAAGGCUACACCCACUUCAGCCCAUCAUUUCAUUGGGCAGACAUGUAAGGUGAUAUAUGUAGGUGAUAUAUAAACUAGGUCAAUAAACCCAUUUAUCACCAUAUUUUGGAAACUCAUGAUCAUAUUUCAGUGCAAAAUUAUCCAAAGGGUAGGAUGAAAUUGAAUAUUGUUUCUGCUGCUGUUUUUCCAAACGUGUUCUUAGAGCCUGUAUCUAAUGUUACAGUCCUGUUCAAUUAUUUGCAUAUUCAGGGUGGAGUCAAGCAGCAGAUCCUGUUGUGAUGAAUAGACUGAUAAAAAAGACUCUUUGUCACUUGAGACUUGAGGCUUCUCCAACACCAGGAGUUUUUGUCCUAUUUUUCUUGUUGUUUGCUAAAUUCAUUUAUGUAUUUCAUUAAUAAAAUUCUACUUUUGGGUUGCUUUAAUUUGCGUGUGGCCUCUUCGUUGAGCUGCCUUGAGCCAGGUGGAUUGUAACUCUACCCGCUUUUAUUUUCUGAAGGCAGAAUGUGGUGAAAAUGAAGCUUCUCUUUAAUUUGCUUGCAGUGAUCUUGAUUUUACUUGACAAAGGAAUGUCUGGUGUUGGUACAGAUAAAGUGUCAGUGUCUGUGAUUGAGGGAGAUUCAGUCACUCUGAACACUGGUGUUCAAACAAACCAACAAGAAGAGAUUAAAUGGUAUAUUAAUGACACUCGCAUCGCUCAAAUCAGGGGAGAUCUCAGUAAGAUCUGUACAGAUGUUCAGUGUAAUAAAGGAACUGAGAGAUUCAGAGACAGACUGAAGCUGGAUCAUCAGACUGGAUCUCUGACCAUCAUGAACAUCACAACCACAGACUCUGGACUUUAUGAACUGAAGAUCAUCAUCAUCAGCAGCAGCAGCGACAAGGCCUUCAAUGUUACUGUCAGUGAUGUUCCUGCUGCUGAACUAUAUGAAAUUAAGGAGGGAGAAUCUGUCACUUUAGAUUCUGGAGUAAUAAGAAAGCCAAAUGAUGAGAUGACAUAUUUUAUUGAGAUUUCCAUCGCUGAAAUCACUGGAGAUCAGAGUAAGAUCUGUACAGAUGUUCAGUGUGAUGACAGAUUCAGAGACAGACUGAAGCUGGACAAUCAGACUGGAUCUCUGACCAUCACAAACACCAGAAACACAGACUCUGGAGAAUAUAAACUGAAGAUCAUCAUCAACAACAGCAGAUUCAGCAUCAGCAGAGUAAAGAGAGUCAAUGUUACUGUCACUGCUGUUCCAGGUUCAGGUCUGUCUUCAGGUGUUGUAGCAGGAAUAGUUGUUGCUGUUGUUGUUGUUCUGCUGGUUGUAGCUGUAACUGCUGGUGUGAUUCGCAAGAGUCACCGCAAGAGUCAUACAGCAGUUCAACAGAAUGAGAAUAAGUAACUUGCCACCUGAUCCAAAUUACAUUCCUUUGAGGCAGAUGGGAAUGUGACUAAAAAUAUGACUUUUAAAGAAACAUUAAAUAAAAAAUUUAAAUAUUUAGUGCCAGAUUUACUAACAGCUUGUGCCACCGCAAACCCUCUCGUCAUUAAAAAAUCUACUGUCAGGAUUUACUGAAGACACGCAGUGAAAAAAUGUUGCUGAAAAAGAGUGGACACAAAUUUCUUUGCACCUGACCUUAUUACAUAUGCAUUUAAGUUCCCCCGUUCAGACGCUAAAUUUAUGGGAGAAGAGUAAAUGAAUCACGCAACACCAUUUACUAAGGUUUGUGCUUGUCAAUUUACUGAUAUUUGUGCCAUUAUUUAAAGCAUGUCUUACAGCAGACACUAAUUUGCACUGCUCUUGAUAGAUUGUGUUGGUUAUUAUGGAAAUGAUCUGCUCCAUCUGUGCUCUUUAAUGUGCGCAUAGUCAGUAAAUCAUCCGCAAAACUUUACACUCCCAUUCGUGCUUUCAUAGGAUUAGAGCGUUCCCACACUGAUUUUCCCUGUUGGCCCUAAGCAUUAAACGGUAUAUGCAAAAAUUUAAGAAACAAAACACGUUACCAGCAAUAGCUGCGAGUGAUUGAUGUCUUUGAGUGUGUAGAGGUACAGGAACCGUGAGACAUUAGCCACGCUUACUUUGCACUUUUUUUUAUUCCGAAUAAAGUCAUUCCAAAUGAAAGAUUCGGUGGAGUGUUUACAUGAGGUGUUAUCUAAUCCGAUAUGGUGUUUACAUGCACUUUCAAUCGGAAUGACUGCACACAUUAGUCUAUAUCCUGUUUGCCGCCGUGUAUUCAUGUCAACAUGGAGGUCCGUUAUUUCUUAUGCACGCUAUUUUUAUGUAAUGUGUUGCUCUUAAUCAAGCAACAGCAUGACAUUUGUAGCAUAUUACUGCUGGAUAUGAGGAAAAGACUCAAGUAGCAUCUCAACACUACCCCUCCAUCCUCCAUAAAGCAGAAGCGUGUGGAUGAAGGUCCGUAGUGAUGAUUCACUUAGUUCCUUCAGUGUAUUUAAUAAAUGUGUUGUUUCAGUUUUACUCCAGUUUAAUUUUGCUGCUGCCAUUGUGCAUUCUGACGACCUCUGACCGCUUGACGUGAUGGCGUAGAUGCAAAGUAAUCGGUUUAACACGCUUACAUGGCAGACUUGUUUGAUUUAUAGAAAGGUUUAUCAUUCGGUUUGGGCAUUUUUAUUCCGAUUGUGGUGUUUAUAUGGAGCAUUUUCAUUCAGAUUGGACUUUUAAACCCAUUACAAUACUCCAUGUAAACGCACCUAGUGUCUUUUUCUUGUCAUUUGCACUAUAAUGCUGAUCUAGUUUGACAUAUCAGUUAUUUUGUCCCGUCUGUUUACAUUCUCUUAUAACGGAUAGAACUGAUUGCUUUUCCAUAAUUACCUCAACAAGACAGGCAUUAUGAGCAAGAUUUUACUCCUCAACACAAGGACAGUCUGCUCUACUGAUGCUGUAGGUGCUUUUACUGCUAUUACUGGAGAAGACUGUAUCAAUAUUAUAGUUUACACACUAACAAUUAGUCAUCCACCUUCAUCAGAAAACACUUUCCACCAGCCAUACUGGAACCAAAACCAGACUUAAUAAGCGUGGAAAGUCAAUGAUUUAUUUUAAAGUUGGUGAAACACUUUGCUGAGCGUUUAUAUUAUUAUGCAUGUAAUAUAUGUGUUACACUGCGUUAAACUUGAAAAUUACCUGAUAGAGGAAUGUUACUGUCACAGUUCCCGUCUGCUUUGGACUCCAUUUCCCAUGAUCCUCCCUGGCCCACACCUGCACUCACUCUACCACUCAGCAAUCAUCACCCACACCUGCAAGUCAUCCUCUCAUCACCACAGCUCUACUUAAGCACUCCACUCACCUCAGUUCACUGUCUGUUUGUGUUUGUACUAAGGACUUUCCAUGUUUGUUCCCAAGACUUCCAAGUUGUUCUACUCCAGUGAGUUUACCCAGUGUCUGUGAUAUAUAUAUAUAUAUAU